CUUUCCGCGCCCGCUCCCUUCCGUCGCGCUGGGGUCGGCUCCGUCUCCUGGGCUCCGCCAUGUCCUUGUGGCUGGCCAAGUUCGGCCCGGCCGCGGCCGCCGCCGCUCGGGGCCGCCUGGGGAGCGCCGUCCUGCCGGCGGCAAGAAUUCAUAUCAGCCCUGAGCAGAAUUUGCAGUAUGGCUGGCUGGCUUAUAUGUUGGGAGACAAAGCUACAAAAAAGUUCACUGAAUACAGCAAAAUCUUUACUAUAGAGGGAAACUUAUCUUCUGGGAAGGGGAAGCUUGCAAAACAAUUAGCAGAAAAACUAGGAAUGAAAUAUUUCCCAGAAGCUGACAUCCAUUACCUAGACAGAAUCACGGGAGAUGGGACGCUGCUGCCUGAGAAAUUCAAUGGCUUCUGUAACCUGGAGAGGUUUUACAAUGACCCGAAAUGCCCCGAUGGACACUCUUACCGACUGCAGGCUUGGCUGUUUGGUAACCGGGUUUUACAGUAUGCUGAUGCAUUGGAGCAUCUGCUGACCACAGGACAAGGUGUGGUGAUGGAACGCUCUCCUUACAGCGACUUUGUGUUUCUGGAUGCCAUGUUUAAACAAGGCUAUAUUCACAAACGAUGUGUUGAUCACUACAAGGAGAUUAAAGAGGUCAGCAUUUGUGAAUUCCUGCAACCUCACCUGGUCAUUUAUAUCGAUGUACCCGUCCCAGAGGUGCAGAAGAGGAUUCAAGAGAAAGGCGAGCCAUAUGAGAAAAAGGUGUCUCCUUCAUAUCUCCAGAACAUCGAGGAUGCUUACAAGAAAACCUUCUUACCAGAGAUCAGUGAAACCAGUGAAGUUCUCCAGUACACAGCAACUGAGGCAGAGGAUGUGGAGAAGAUAAUCGAAGAUAUUGAGUACCUGAAGUUUGACAAGGGGCCAUGGCUGGAGCAGGAUGAUGUUUCUUUCCAUCAUUUGAGACUUUAUGUUCAGGACAAAGAUGGAGUGCUGGAUCCCGUGGCCAUCCCUCGCUUCAUUCCAGAAAUCACCAUUGGGGGCAACGAGUACGAUAAAAUCUAUUACGAGUAUCGAUCGCUUCCUGGUCGCAACUUUAGGCAAGGCUGCAAUGCUGAUGUUGGUGACAAGUGGAUCUGGCUGAAAUGAGAUCUUGGAGCCCUACCUACGAGGGACCAUGGCACUUGAGUGAAGAAGAAGCUGAGUUCAGCAUGCCUGCUCCACAUCCGUUGCGUAGUUGCGAAGGAAAAUGCUGGUUAAAUAAUCUUCCAGCUACAGUAUAAGAGAAUAAGACUCCUGGAAGGGAAAUCACUUUAUUCUGGUUUGUUCUUCCCUGAUGAAUUUCAGGGUGGCUUUGUCUUGGGUGUUUGAUAGUCAGCGUGUGAUAGCAAGGUGAUCUGCU